CCCCCCCACCUUGAAGCUGGAAUACCCCCCUACGAACUAGGCACCCCCGGUCCUGACCCCCGGUUGCCCGAUGCUUGUUCUACCAUCGCCAGAGCGGGACAAGUCAAACAUCCGUCAUCUCAUGUAAAAUGACGAGAACCCGGAUCCAAAGUCGAUGACGGAAAGCUCACGUUGACUAUCCGACCGUGGUAGGUCGCUCACAGAUGUCAAGCUUUCCGAGCACCAUGAGACCGUCGCCAUCAUCUCCUAGAGGGACACCGUUCACGGCACCUCAUGCUUGUGAAAUUUGCAGAGAGCGCAAAGUGCGAUGCGACAGAGCGCUGCCAAAAUGCAGACGGUGCGACCGCCUCAAUCAACCGUGUGCCUACAAUCCGGCCCAUCAACGUCGCACACGCGAUGAGCAGCUGCAGCAGCUCCAGGAGCGGCUGGCCAAGACCGAGGCCCAACUCGCCCUCAAUACCUGUUCGUCGAGACCGACUCCAUCAGGGCGCCCGCAGUCACGAUCCGACACCAUGGAGCCGACCGUUCCGCCGCGUUGGUCAGCGAUGCCGGACCCCGUCACGUCGGGUACAAGCUCGAGCUCCAUGUCGCGACGAAGCUCGCAAUAUCAGCUGCCAUCGACGACAGUUCUGCAUCCUUCAUUGCUGUCGGCGUCGGGACACCCGGCUACUAACGACCAAAUGGACUUGGGCAAGUCCAGGAGGACGAGUGCGGUCGUUGAUAUCGCCAGUAACGGUUCAUCCGUACUCGAUAUCGAUCUCUUUACUUCGGUCAACGACGGCACAGGCUCUGAUAUGGCCUUCGAUUGGACAAUUCAACCGCUUUCGGCACUCGAACCUCUGGACAACCUCCUCCUCCCCUGCCUUUCACCCCAGUCAUUGUCUCACAGCGACCUAGAAGAAGACAUAUCCCCCGCAGAGCUGAGUGCGCUGCACAACCACUAUUUCGAGUCCAUCUACUCCUCUUUCCCCUUCCUUAAUAGAGAUCGGUUCUUGGCAGAGUCCGCAGGCGGCGGCGGCAGCCCUGCAGUGUCCGCUCUGGUUUACGCCGUGGCCCUGACCGGCUGCGCUCAUUCUUCAAAGGACCCCAGCAAACAGUCUACAUGCUACAGCCUGGCACGUAACUACGCUGAGAAAUGCGAACGAGACGGCAUCCUGAACGACCUCAACUUCCUACAGGCCUUGCUGUUCAUCGGCCGUUUCGAGGCCAUGGACCGAAAGUUGGAAAGGAGCUGGCUGACGCUGGGACGAGCCGCCAUGCUUUGCACGCUUUUGGAGCUGCCUCAGAUGGACCGGAGGGACGAGGGCGACGGAACCCAAGACGAUGGGAGGCAAAGCGGCUCUCGCUUGUGCUUGCCGCCUACGGACGAUCCCGUUCUUUUGGAAGAGCGACGGCGCACAUUUUGGGGGCUAUAUAUAUUGCAGAGUUACGUCAAAACACGGACAGGCUGGCAGUGCCAGCUCGGCGACGUCAAGAACUUCCGAAUCAAGCUGCCGUCCCCGGGCCUGCUGAGGUCCGAUCUAGUACCGCGGGAAAUGCCGUUUUUAUCAAACAUACGCAACGAGUCCGGGCACGAGAUCUCGUCUUACGCGGGCUGCGUCCUGAUGGUCGAGCUAGCUCUGCGCUGCUUCGAUCACGGACAAGAGCGCGCCUCGACCGGAUUCUGGGACGGGUAUUGCGCUUUGGUCAAGACCACGGACGAGCUGUUCAGCCUCCUCAAGAGACACCUCAAUGCCACGUCCAUCCGCGGAGAUCCGGUGGCCUUCAGCAUGUAUCUGAACCUGCGCGCCACGGAAAUCUUUUCGCACGAGUCUGCCAUCACGCGGAGCGAAGAGCAGGGGCUGCCGCCGCUCAUGACCGCCGAGAGCCAACGACGCGCCACGGCCGCGGCGUUCCAGAUAUCGAGCGCGGUGCGCCUCAUCCUGCCGUCGCCGUGGAAGGCGCACAACAACAUCAUCAUGCUGCAGGCCGUAUUCAUUGCGUGGCCUCUUACCAUGGCCCUCAAGGCGCUGUACCGGGAACUCGUGCAAGGGGGGAACCGCGAGGCGCUGAACGGCGUUGUGGCUUCGUCAAGGUUACUCCUCGCCUUCUUGGAUCACAUUGAGGAGUCGGGCGGGCACUGGCAUCAGUGUGUGGCCCAUGUCGAGGCAAAGCUCCAGGAAUGGGAUGAAAAGAACGGUUUCAACUCCCUGGCUCUGUAGGAGGCCUAUACGGCGUGAAGCUCAACAGAUGAAUGGGAAUGCUUGCUUCGGCCGCCUGCGUCGAAGGAAUUCCCAUCGGCAAGGUGGCAGUAUCAAGACAAGGAGAGAGAGGUAUACCUUUCGGCAUUCAUAGAGUGA